GUCUUCCAAGAAGGUGAAUGUACAAGAUCGGCGUUUUUAGCCGUUUUCAGAAGAAACACUGGCAUGUCUGCCUUCCUUGGAACUACUCAUUUGGUAACUUUUAUACUUUUCGUAAAGUGUGUUCCAGGAAAUUUCACAAUACCAAGACCUGAGAAACCAGUGCUUUAUGCUUUUGGUUGGCCAAAUGCUACUUGUGUUACAGCUUCUGUAAAAACCAUAGACAUGGAUGAAAUAGUCAGCUUUGCAGAUUUGUUUCUUGGAGAAUGCUGUCCAGAUGAUUCAUUUAAUCCCAGUGGGAAAUGUUCUUCAAAUAUGACAGGUCUUAUUCAAGGUGGCAGAUGCCUUCAUAAUGAAGAUGAUUCACGUUCAUUGACUGACAAAGUUCUUAACUGCACUGUUUGUAACAACUCGCAAAUGUGUGAAUUUUUUAAGUGGUUUUCAAAAAAGAAAACGGUCUGUGUAUAUUUCAAGGUGACCACUCUAAAUGGCUCUGUUUGUCCUUCUUGUUUUUGCAGGAGCUAUCUUGAUAUUCUAGUUAUCCCUCCAGUUAGGAGUCUACAACUUCUUCCAGUCUCACGGAGGAAACUAACAGUUCUCUGGGAAAGGCCAGAAGGAAUACAUAGUGAAUCACUCACCUAUAACGUGAUUCUUCGUGACCACUUGGGGAAAUGCCAAGGGAAGGUGGAGGAAGUGAUGGACAAUGUUCAAGGCAAUAAGACAAAAAAUGCAUUUAGCUUUACUAAUCUAAUGCCAUGGUCCAGCUAUUCAGUCAUUGUAUGUCCUUCCAUGAAGACAAUAAAUGUAAACAAGACAACUUGCACCUGCGGUGAUUACCAGCAUCAACCUGAAGGGCCAGUCUUCAACCAAACAUUACCUGAAGAACCAACUGAACGUCCAGAUAUACGGCCUUGCGAGGCACAAUGCAGUGAGACAAACUUUACUGUCACUCUAAAAUGGAAGGCAAACAACUUGCUAAUAUGGAAUGGAAUCCCUAAGAAGUCUGUUAUCAGGAUAUACAGAAGGAAUUCUUCAUCCCAAAGCAUAGAACACAUGCACCAAACAAAGUCCCUUACUGGGAGUCCUAUAAUAACAGUCCAUUUUUCCCUUGAGCCUAAUUACAAUGGGUCAUUACUGAGAUAUUCUGUGGGUAAGCUGAACAGCAAAGUGAAAUACUCAUAUGAGGUGCAGUUUUGUUCAAAUGGGGGUUGUGGCCCAAGUGCAAUGGCAGCACUAAGCUGUGAUUCUUGUGAAUUGCUGGGACUUCCAUCAGGUAAUGGCAUAUUCAGUAUUAUAUAGUCAACCUGGAGUAUAUUUAAGAUACAUGUAAUCUCCUCCUGACAGCAUCUCCAUAGAUGAGUCACAAUUCUAUGAUUACUAUGUGAUUGUGAGGGGUAAAUGUCUUAUAAGUGCAAAAAAAAUGGUGUUGUGAGUCUUCUCACAUUUAUUUAGUAGCCCCUUGGUGGAGAAAAGAAUCAUUUUCAAUUUUUACAUUAAUUGAGUAGGGCUUUAUGAAUUUAUAGUGAACUUGUAGUGACAAUUAUAGUGUCAUCAAUUGAGAGACAUUAACUGGUAUUUUGAGGAACCAAGGAGUUUCUUUAAGAC